GAUUUGCCCUCCAUCCCUGCUACAUUUAUUAGAAAGAAACCCACAACUCAAUGUCUCUUCAAAAUUUCUUCAAAUUUCUCAAGAAAACAUCAGUUGAAGAAAGGGAAAGAAAACCUUCAGCACUUUCAGAGGGACUAUGUCGUCAAUUUUCACUAGCUGAGCUCAAAGCUGCCACCAACAAUUUUCAUGAUGGUUUGAGAAUCAGUGGAGGUCGUUUUGGCCCAGUAUACAAGGGCCUCAUUGAUGGCGGCUCCUUGGUUGUCGCUGUCAAACGCUUGAGUAGAUCAUUCCUACAAGGAAGUGAACGGUUCCGAAAUGAGGUAGAGUUACUCUGCCAGCUGCGCCACCAGAAUCUUGUCUCUCUCCUCGGGUUUUGUCACGAGAAGGAUGAGGGCAUCCUUGUGUAUGAAUCUAUGACCCGUGGGUCAUUGGAUCGUCAUCUUUUUGGGAAUGCUGAUCCACUCCCUUGGAAGCGGAGACUAGAGAUAUGUAUUGGGGCAGCGCGUGGAUUACACUACCUUCACACAGGUGCAAAGUAUGCAAUAAUUCACCGCCAUGUCAAGCCUGAUAAUAUUCUUUUGGGCGAAAAUUGGGAUGCUAAGCUUUCAGAUUUUGAAUUGUCCGUAAUUGGUCCCUCUAGCAUGUCAAAGCCUAAGCCCAACGCUUUGACAAAAGAGACGUUAGCCGCAGGUACCUUGGGCUAUCUCGCUCCAGAGUGUUUUGAUCAUAAACUCAGCGAAAAAGCUGACGUGUACUCGCUAGGUAUUGUUCUGUUGGAAGUAUUGUGUGGUAGAAGGGUGGUUGACCACAACGCAGAACCCGAGGAUUUCCAUUUGGUUUCCCGGAUCAUUAAAUGCAUCAAAAACGGCUGUGUUCAUGAAAUGAUCGAUCCAUUUCUGAAAGGGAAGAUAGCACCGGUGUGUUUGAUAGAAUACGUGGAGAUCGCUCUUAAUUGUGUAUGUCUAAAUCCAAAUGAACGGCCUUCAGUGGGGGAAGUUGAGGUAACCUUAGAACUUGCAUUGGAGCUGCAGGAGAAAACCGACUUGGUUAUCAAGGCUGACAAUCCACAUGCUGUCUAUGCCUACGAAGAUCUAUCAUUUCGUGUUUCUGUUGAAGAAAACAGCUACUGGCAAGGCUACCGUUACAGUGGAGAUUCAGAUACAGGAUCGGUCUCGACUGCAGAAUUGGUCUCGGAUGCAGAAUCGGUCUCCCAUGGAGGAGCGGUCUCAAUUGCCGAAUCAAAAUUCAAAAUUAAAUGGUGUUAUCAAAUCCUCAAUACUCUGCCUUGCUGUUAAUUUACUUAUUUUGUGUGUAAUAUUGUAAACCGCAUUCAAAAGUCUCAAACUUCAAUUUUACAGGGUUUAGGGCUAGUUUAUCAAAAAAUUUAGAUUUUAUUUGUCAUGACAAAAGGUUUUUCAUAUUCUUUAUUUGAUUUUUCAUAUUUUUAUGUAUUUUUUAAUUGUUUCGUAAUUUUAUUUGAUAUUA